GCUCCGCACCACGCGGCUCCACCUCCUUCUCUCAGCGGGGCGCACUUUAAAUGCUACGUCUCUGAAUUAGACGAGGGUCAUUUGGACUGUUACAGUUGGAGUACCUCGUCACAGCCUCUCCUCUCAAACCAUCGACCUAAAUUCAUUACCCCAAAUCGGAUUUCCUGUCAUUAUCUGGCCCUCCACCCAAACCCAACAUGUCCAAGACGGCCCCAGGUGAGGAUGAGAAGUUCCUCUAUGUGGACAAAGACAUGUUGAACAACCCCAUGGCGCAGGCAGACUGGGCAGCCAAGAAGCUGGUGUGGGUGCCAUCGGAGAAGCAUGGUUUUGAGGCGGCGAGCAUCAAAGAGGAGCGCGGUGACGAGGUGCUGGUGGAGCUGGCUGAUAAUGGCAAAAAGAUGACAGUGAAUAAGGAUGACAUACAGAAGAUGAACCCACCCAAGUUCAGCAAAGUGGAGGACAUGGCAGAGCUCACCUGUCUGAACGAGGCCUCAGUGCUGCACAACCUCAGGGAGCGCUACUUCUCUGGACUCAUCUAUACAUACUCGGGUCUGUUCUGUGUUGUGGUGAACCCGUACAAAAUGCUGCCCAUUUACUCAGAGAAGAUCGAUAUGUACAAAGGGAAGAAACGUCAUGAAGUGCCCCCUCACAUCUACUCCAUCACUGACAACGCCUACAGGAACAUGAUGCAAGAUCGUGAAGACCAGUCCAUCCUUUGCACUGGAGAGUCUGGUGCUGGUAAAACUGAAAACACCAAGAAAGUGAUCCAGUAUCUGGCUGUAGUGGCGUCUUCACACAAAGGCAAGAAGGACAGCAGCACGCAACAAUCAGGAUCACAGUUUGCCUACGGGGAGCUGGAGAAACAGCUUCUGCAGGCUAAUCCUAUUCUUGAAGCCUUUGGAAAUGCGAAGACCAUCAAAAACGACAACUCUUCAAGAUUUGGUAAAUUCAUUCGUAUUAAUUUUGAUGUGACUGGCUACAUUGUUGGAGCUAAUAUAGAGACCUACCUGCUGGAAAAGUCUCGCUGUAUCAGACAGGCAAAAACUGAGAGAGCUUUCCAUAUCUUUUACUACAUGAUCGCUGGUGUUAAGGAUAAACACAGGGAGGAGCUUCUCCUGGAACCGUUUAGCAACUACCGGUUCCUUAGUGCGGGACACGUGCAGAUCCCUGGACAGCAGGACGACGAGAUGUACGAAGAGACAAUGGAGGCCAUGGACAUCAUGGGCUUCACGGACGAGGAGAGACUUGACAUCCUGAAGGUGUGCUCCACAGUCAUGCAGCUGGGAAACAUUAAAUUCAAUAAAGAGAGGAACCAGGAGCAGGCCACAAUGCCAGACAACACAGCGGCCCAAAAAGUGUGUCACUUACAGGGAAUUAAUGUGACCGACUUCACUCGAGCAAUUCUCACUCCUCGCAUCAAAGUGGGACGAGAGGUGGUGCAGAAGGCCCAGACCAAAGAGCAGGCUGACUUUGCUAUUGAGGCCUUGGCUAAAGCAAUCUAUGAGCGUCUUUUCCGCUGGAUCCUGUCCAGAGUCAACAAGGCCCUGGAUAAAACCAAACGUCAGGGAGCCUCCUUCCUGGGCAUCCUGGAUAUUGCAGGAUUUGAGAUCUUUGAGGACAACUCAUUUGAGCAGCUCUGCAUCAACUACACCAAUGAGAAGCUGCAGCAGCUUUUCAAUCACACCAUGUUCAUCCUGGAGCAGGAGGAGUACCAGCGAGAGGGUAUCGAGUGGAACUUCAUCGACUUUGGCCUGGACCUGCAGCCCUGCAUUGAGCUCAUCGAGAGACCAAACAACCCUCCUGGCAUCUUGGCCCUGUUGGAUGAGGAGUGCUGGUUCCCCAAAGCUACGGAUGUGUCCUUUGUGGAGAAGCUCAUAAAAACACAAGAAAACCAUGUCAAAUUUUCCAAAACCAAACAGCUCAAGGACAAGACAGAGUUUUCACUGUUCCAUUAUGCUGGCAGAGUGGACUAUAACGCUACUGCCUGGCUGACUAAAAACAUGGACCCUUUGAAUGACAAUGUGACAGCUCUUCUCAGCAACUCCUCCAGCCAAUUUGUUCAGGAACUAUGGAAAGACACCGACAGAGUGGUUGGUCUGGACACGAUUGCCAAGAUGACUGACAGCUCAAUGCCCAGCGCCUCAAAGACAAAAAAGGGCAUGUUUCGAACUGUUGGGCAGCUCUACAAAGAGUCUCUGGCUAAACUCAUGACCACUCUGCAUAACACACAACCAAACUUUGUCCGAUGCAUCAUCCCCAACCACGAGAAGAGGGCAGGGAAGUUGGAUGCCCACCUCGUCUUGGAGCAGCUCAGAUGCAAUGGUGUUUUGGAGGGGAUCAGAAUUUGCCGACAAGGAUUUCCAAACCGAAUUGUGUUCCAGGAAUUCCGUCAGAGAUAUGAGAUCCUAGCUGCAAAUGCCAUUCCCAAGGGAUUUAUGGAUGGGAAACAAGCUUGCUGCCUAAUGAUCAAGCAUCUGGACUUGGACCCAAACCUGUACCGAAUCGGACAGAGCAAGAUCUUUUUCAGGACUGGAGUGUUGGCACAGCUGGAGGAGGAGAGGGACUUGAAGAUCACUGUCAUCAUCAUUGCAUUCCAAGCUCAGGCCAGAGGCUUCCUAGCCAGAAAGGCUUUUGCAAAGAGACAGCAGCAGCUCACAGCCAUGAAAGUGAUUCAGAGGAACUGCGCCGCCUACCUCAAACUCAGGAACUGGCAAUGGUGGAGGCUGUUCACAAAGGUUAAGCCUCUGCUGCAAGUGACCAGGCAGGAGGAAGAGAUGAGCCUGAAAGAAGAGGAGCUGCAGAAAGCCAAAGAAGUUGCAACAAAAUUUGAAUCUGAGCUUAAAGAAAUAUCACUGAAACACACAGCGGUCCUGGAGGAGAGGAAUGCCUUACAGGAGCAAUUGCAGGCAGAGACAGAGCUGUACGCCGAGGCAGAGGAGAUGAGGGUCCGUUUGGCUGCAAAGAAACAGGAACUAGAGGAGAUCUUACAUGAGAUGGAGGCACGUCUCGAUGAAGAGGAGGAGCGGGCCCAAUCACUGCUUGUGGAGAAGAAGAAGAUGCAGCAACAGAUGCAGGAAUUAGAGGAGCAUUUAGAAGAGGAAGAAGAUGCACGACAAAAGCUACAAUUGGAAAAGGUGACCUGUGAGGGAAAGAUAAAAAAACUCGAGGACGACAUCUUAGUAAUGGAGGAUCAGAACAACAAACUACUGAAGGAGAGAAAAUUAAUGGAAGAAAGAAUUGCAGAUUUCAGCGCUAACUUGGCAGAGGAGGAAGAAAAAUCAAAGAACCUCACGAAACUCAAAAACAAACAUGAGUCUAUGAUCUCUGAACUGGAAGUUCGCUUGAAGAAGGAGGAGAAGAGUCGUCAGGAGUUGGACAAGGCCAAGAGGAAGUUAGAGGCAGAGUCUAAUGACAUGCAGGAACAGAUAGCAGACCUACAGGCUCAAAUCGCAGACCUCAAAGCACAACUCGCCAAAAAGGAGGAGGAGCUACAAAAUGCCUUGGCCCGGCUAGAAGAUGAGACAGCCCAGAAGAACAAUGCACUGAAGAAGAUCCGUGAGUUAGAGGGACACAUCUCAGAUCUUCAGGAGGAUCUGGACUCAGAGAGAGCCGCAAGGAACAAGGCUGAGAAGAUCAAGAGAGACCUGGGGGAGGAGCUAGAGGCGCUGAAGUCUGAGCUGGAAGACACACUGGACACCACCGCUACACAGCAGGAGCUCAGAGCUAAGCGUGAGCAAGAGGUUACUCUGUUGAAGAGAGCCAUAGAGGAGGAGAAUCGGACCCAUGAGGCCCAGGUCCAGGAGAUGAGACAGAAGCACACACAGGCUGUGGAGGAGCUGACGGACCAGCUGGAGCAGGCCAAACGAGUCAAGUCAAACCUGGAGAAGGCUAAGCAGGCUUUGGAAAAGGAGACUUCGGAAUUGACGAUGGAGGUGCGCUCGUUGUCCCAGGCCAAACAGGACGGAGAGAACAAAAGGAAGAAGCUUGAAAACCAAGUGGCAGAUUUGCAGUCACGUUUCAGCGACAGCGAGAAACAGAAAGCAGAGCUGUCAGACAGAUGUGCAAAAACAACAGCUGAACUGGAGAGUGUGACCAACCUAUUGAAUGAAGCUGAAGGCAAGAACAUCAAACUGAGCAAAGAUGUCACCAGUCUCUCCUCUCAACUCCAAGACACACAGGAGCUUCUAGCUGAAGAGACACGACAGAAACUUCAGUUGUCAACAAAGUUACGGCAAUCAGAGGAUGACAAGAACAGUUUACAGGAGCAGCUUGAAGAGGAGAUGGAGGCAAAGAGGAAUGUGGAGAGACACGUGUCCACACUCAACAUCCAGUUGUCAGAUUCAAAGAAGAAGCUUGAGGAAAUGUCUAGCAACAUUGAACUCCUGGAGGAGGGAAAGAAACGCCUGCAGAGAGACUUGGAGUCAGCCAACACUCAGUUUGAAGAGAAGGCCUCAGCGUACGACAAACUGGAGAAGACCAAAAAUAGACUGCAGCAGGAGCUGGAGGACACCCUUAUGGACCUGGACAACCAGAGACAGAUUGUGUCUAACCUUGAGAAGAAGCAGAAGAAAUUUGAUCAGAUGCUUGCUGAAGAAAAGAGCAUCUCCAGUAAAUUUGCAGAGGAGAGAGACCGUGCAGAAGCAGAAGCCAGGGAGAAGGAGACCAAAGCCCUGUCUCUGGCCCGGGCUCUGGAGGAGGCCCAGGACUCUCGUGAGGAGCUGGAGAGAGUUAACAAAGCUCUGAGGAUUGAGAUGGAGGAUCUGAUCAGCUCAAAGGAUGACGUCGGCAAGAACGUACAUGAGCUGGAGAAGUCUAAGCGUGGUCUGGAGGCUCAGGUGGAGGAGAUGAAGACUCAGCUGGAGGAGUUGGAGGAUGAGCUGCAGGCGGCGGAGGACGCUAAGCUCAGGCUGGAGGUGAACAUGCAAGCGCUCAAGGCCCAGUUUGAGAGGGACCUCCAGGGACGUGACGAGAUGGGAGAGGAGAAGAAGAGACAACUGGUCAAACAGGUACGUGAGCUGGAGACAGAGCUGGAGGAUGAGCGUAAGCAGAGAGCGAGUGCAGCUGCCGCCAAAAAGAAGCUUGAGACUGACAUGAAGGAUCUAGAAGGCCAGAUCGAGACCGCCAACAAGGGACGAGAAGAGGCCAUCAAGCAGCUCCGCAAGCUCCAGGCUCAGAUGAAAGAUUAUCAGAGAGAGCUUGAUGAUGCCCGUGCCGCUCGGGAGGAGGUUCUGACCACAGCCAAAGAGAGUGAGAAAAAGGCCAAGAGUCUGGAGGCUGAGCUCAUGCAACUGCAGGAGGAACUGGCUGCAGCUGAGAGAGCUCGUAAACAAGCAGAGGCAGAAAGAGAUGAGCUGUCUGAUGAAUUGGCAAGCAAUUCCUCUGGAAAGUCGGCCUUGACAGAUGAGAAGCGGCGACUGGAGGCCAAAAUUGCUCAGCUGGAGGAGGAGUUGGAGGAGGAGCAGGGCAACAUGGAAAUCCUCAAUGACAGGCUGCGCAAGAGCGGACAACAGGUGGAUCAGCUGAACAAUGAGCUGCAGAUGGAGCGUACCACCUCACAGAAGAAUGAGAGCGCUCGACAGCUGCUGGAGCGACAGAACAAGGAGUUGAAGGCUAAAUUGCAGGAGAUGGAGAACCAAGUCAAGUCCAAGUUCAAGUCCUCCAUCACUACUCUGGAGGCUAAAGUGGCUCAGCUGGAAGAGCAGCUCGAGCAGGAGAACAGGGAUAAGCAGGCCAAUGCAAAGAGCAUCCGUCAGAAGGACAAGAAGAUGAAGGACCUGAUGAUGCAGGUGGAAGAUGAGAGGAAGCAGGCAGAGCAGUAUAAAGACCAGGCUGAGAAGGCAAAUGCGCGUAUGAAGCAGCUGAAGCGUCAGCUUGAGGAGUCAGAAGAGGAGUCUCAGCGUGCUACGGCUGCUCGCAGGAAACUGCAGCGAGAGCUGGAUGAGGCCACUGAGGCCAAUGACGCCAUGAGCCGCGAGGUCAAUACACUCAAGACCAAACUCAGGCGUGGAAACGAGCCCUCCUUUGGCAGCACUCCUCGUCGGAUUGGAGGUGGGCGGAGGGUGAUCGAGGAUGCCUCAGAGGAGGAGGUUGACUCCCAGGGCGACUACAAUGGAAAGUCCACAGAAUAAUGGAUUUGAUACCCAUCACAUAAGAUUCAAUGCCUGAAAUAUCAUCUUGCCCCAUUUACUAAUUUUUAUUUUUUUUUACCUUUUACAGUUGUUUAUGGAGCACAUUUUUUUAGCACAAACUAAAACACUUGAUAUCAGCUAAACAGCUGAUAUCAAGUACAUCAAUUAUUUUAGUUUGUUUAUAAGGUCCCGCAGAAGUGUGAUUUAUGGUUCAAUGUUAUUUUCACUGUUGUAGUUCACUGACUCAUUGAAUACUUUGUAAUCAUGCAAGGUUUUGUACACAAAAGGUGCCUCUAAUUAUCACGCUACUGUUAAUAAUGGAGCCUCAAAUCUGCACAAUAAGUCACCGUUUCCUUCAAAAAGACACAUUAUGUAAAUCUGAUGUAUCUUUGAUCGUCCUAUUGCCUGUUACUGCUGUUACUGAUCCAAAGCUGUACUGUAGUGGACCAACCUCCAGUCAGUGCUGCUGUCUGUAGCCAAGGACAUAUUUAGCCUCUUUAGUCACCUUUAGGUAAUUUUUGCACCUUUGAUGAUGAGUAAAAUAUUUUAAGCCAAGACAAGGUUUGGGGAUUCCUUAAAAUGGGAAGCCAAGUCACUUAGGAGUCAUUUAAUGUUCACAAUUUAUAUUGCUCAUUAUUGCCCCUUUUCUUAGACUUACUGUAGAGUUCUAUAUGCACCCCAAACCGGAUAUUUUAUAUAAUCAAAUGAUGUUUACAUGACACUUUAUUAACUGUUGAAGCACCUGCACUGAAAAUAAAGAGAAAGUAUAUCAGUUUGACAAA